AUGGCGGUGGCUGAGGAUAAGAUUCACAGUGACGUCUUGCUGUUUAACCGUUGGUCUUACGAUGAUGUUCAGAUCAGUGAUAUGUCUGUUGAAGAUUAUAUCACUGCGACCUCUUCCAAGCAUCCAGUUUACAUUCCCCACACUGCUGGAAGGUAUCAAGCAAAGAGAUUCAGGAAGGCUCAGUGCCCGAUUGUGGAGAGGCUGACCAACUCAUUGAUGAUGCAUGGCCGGAACAAUGGGAAAAAGCUGAUGGCUGUUCGUAUUGUGAAGCAUGCCAUGGAAAUUAUCCAUCUGCUAACUGAUGAAAAUCCAAUUCAGAUUAUUGUGAAUGCAGUGAUAAACAGUGGGCCAAGAGAAGAUGCCACUCGUAUUGGUUCUGCUGGAGUCGUGAGGCGUCAAGCUGUUGAUAUUUCUCCUCUCAGACGUGUGAACCAAGCUAUCUAUCUUCUUACUACUGGUGCUCGUGAGAGUGCUUUCAGGAAUAUCAAGACAAUCGCUGAGUGCCUUGCUGAUGAACUCAUCAAUGCUGCCAAAGGAUCUUCAAACAGCUAUGCAAUCAAGAAGAAGGAUGAAAUUGAAAGGGUUGCCAAAGCCAAUCUUGGAAAUAGUGGUCACAUCAUCAUUGAUGGCCACAGCAGCUCAAGCCCGCAGAUGAGGAGAUGCUUCACACCGUGUUGCAGCCGCAGUAGUAAUGCAGGGGAAGCCGUAUUGGAUUCAGGUUCAAGUGUGGUGAGGAAGUUUUAUGAAGGAAUCAAUGCUCGUGAUCUGAGUUCAGUGGAGAAUCUUAUCUCUGAGAAUUGUGUCUAUGAGGACCUCGUCUUCCCUCAACCCUUUGUGGGCCGUAAGGCAAUCCUAGACUUCUUCAAGAAGUUCAUCGAUACCUUCAGCGCUGAUCUGCAGUUUGUCAUUGAUGAUUUAUCUAAGACUGAUGAUUCUGCAGUUGGGGUGACUUGGCAUUUGGAAUGGAAGGGAAAGCCGUUUCCUUUUAGCAAAGGCUGCAGCUUUUACAAGUUGGAAGUUGUGAAUGGGCAGAGACAAAUACUCAUACAGCAGAGGGAUGUGGAUAAACUAACUAAUCGUGCAGUUGGAAAAUUGCUUUCGACAGAAGGAAUCACAAAGAAUUGCCCAACGAGUGUUUUGAUAAAGCAAGAUGGAGAACUGCAAUUUACAGUGAGAUAA